UAUGUGUACAUAUAGAAAUGGAACUUUGAAAGCAAAAAAAAAGAACUUAGAAGCAGAGGAAAAAAAAUGUUUAAGUCAAAGCUUCAAGAAUUGUGUCAAAACAAGAAAUGGGCACUUCCACAAUAUUGUUGUAUGAGAGAUGGAGCAGAUCAUAAUCCACAAUUCAAAGCUUCUGUUGUUGUCAAUAACAUCAAUUUUGACUCUCCACCUUUGUGCAAAUCAUCAAAAGAAGCACAUAAUGAAGCUGCUAAGUUUGCUUUCCUUCACUUUAUUAGUGGUGGUUCACUUCCAACUGCAGAAGAUAGCGGACUAACAAAAAUUGAUGCAAGUCUGCAGGAUAAAAGUACUAGUGAGAUCAAGCAAGAUGGUUCACUUCCCACCAUAGAAGAUAAGGGACUAACGAAAACCGAGGAAGCAUGCCAACGUCUGCAGGAUCAUCUAAAUACUUCUGAGAUCAAGCAAGGUUGUUUUGUUACAGAAGAUUCUCAUUAUCAGUGCAAGACAAAGCUACAGAUGUAUGCAAAAAGGAAAAACCUUGGUGUACCUGUGUACCACAACAAAAGGAUGAGUUCAGCUCAAGAUCUUUAUUUCGAGGCAACUGUGACAGUGGCUGGUGAACUGUUCAAUAGUCCCGGAGCAUACAAGACUGCAGAGGAAGCAGAAGAAUCUGUUGCACAGUUUGCAUUAAUGAAACUCAUAACCGUUGCCUUAGAAAAGAGUAAUACCAGCAGCUACAAGAGUUUCCUGCAAGAACUGGCACAACAAGAAGAAAUUUGCUUGCCUGAAUAUAAAACAAUCAGGUUUGGUGAGCCUCACAAUCUGACAUUCUUCUCAAGUGUGGAAAUUGAAGGAGAAGUCUUUCACGGGGAUGGCGCAAAGUCCAAGAAACAGGCAGAAGAAAAUGCUGCCAAAGUUGCUUAUAUAGAUUUAAUAAAAUGCAAAUCCGUAUAUGCUGGUAAUCCUUCCACUGUUUCGUCGAGCUUAGAAGGUGAAAUUGUCAAAACUGAACCUAUUAUGGAAUCACUGUCAAUUUCCAUUGGUCAAGGAAAAUUCAGAGAUGAAGAGGAGAUAGUUUACUCUAAACAUACAUCCCCACAGUCUAAAGGUGCUGAAAAGGUUAAUGCAUCUUCACUUUCGCUUAGCGUCCAAGAGCUCAGUGUAAACGAGAAAUCCCCUUCUUCAGUGGAACCAUUGUGCCAUUUGCCUAGAAAAGCUAUGCCAUCAUCAGCUGCAAUGACACCAUCCAAGUCCUCUUCUGUCUCGAAUGCAAAUUCUAGUGCGAGGAGGACUGCAGAAACGAAAAGUUACCUCCUUUCCAACAGGUUCAGAGUUUACAAAUCCAUUCCAGACGGGGUCCUCCCCACGGGUACUAUUGUACUUCCUAUUGCUGAAGAUAAGUGGGCUGUUGUGAGCUUGGAAUUCCUCAAUGAGAAGUGUCGCUAAUUAUGUACUAUUACAGUAGAAGCAUGUUACUUACGUUUAUCAUCCUCUUAAAGACUUAAACAUAGAGGCUAAACUGAAUCAAGGAUGAUUACACCUACCAUCUAUUUAAAGUACUUGUAUUAAGUGUUUCGUUUUCUGAAACAUUAAAGUGUUUGUGGAAGUUAAAUAGUACUAUUCCAAACUUAUCAUGGUAUUCUUUUUUUCUUUUUUCCCGCGCCUUUGAUGUUGUCUUUUAUUCUGUUUAGUUGUGAUUGCUGCUUUCUGCAGGAUUAGAUGAACAAAGUGUUCAUGCCAA